GCACUUUCCAAAAAUACGAUGUUGCACAUCUAGGCAAAUAUUGAGGCACUUCUGCAGUUCAUUCAUUCUGAGCCUUUCGCGAGAGUGCUUCCCGCUGCUUCCGAUAUCCUCCUUUAGCCGAAUGUGAUGCGACACAUGAGGCCCUACUGCGACCACCGACGGCCGCUGUAUGCAUCCAGCGUAAGGCUGUCCUUCGCUACUCUAAUUCACAGCAGGUAUACGCGUCACUCGUGUUCGUUUCUAUGGACCAACGCAAUGGCCUUCAUGGCUCGGCUAGAUUCAAUAAUUGCCACAGUGCAGAUAUCGCGGUCAAUGCUAUCCCAUCACCAAUGGUGGGCUUUUCUUGAUAGCCUGGUUAGCCGACAAAUGUAUCCUCGGUCGUUUCAGAUCGCCACGUUGGUCACUACAUGUAACCAAGAUAAGUCUAACCAUCCGUGCACGGAUCUUUUGCAUACAAGGUGCAGUUCAAACUGGGGCAUAUUACGAUAUAGCUUGCACAAUGCUAUGUGUUGUGGCUGCCAAAACUGCAACAGUGGGUUGGACCACUGGUAUAAAGCGGAGACGCCCAAAUGGUAACCCCCGCCUUGUACGAGGUCCAGGGGAGGGCGAUGAGCUUGAGUGAUAUAAUCUGACCCAAAAAUUGUAACCGUCAUCUGGCUGGAAAGUCUUGGCUGGUCGUGGUCCGGAACUUAACGCACGUACGUUGGUUGGUGCUGCGGAGACCCAUGCACGGCGUAUAAGCAGCUGCAACAUCACAGAUUUCCUCCCAGGAGUUAAGCGCACGAUAGCAUAUCCGCCGCUGUUGCCUGUCAGUAGCAUCACACACUGUGCGAAUAUG